AUGUGGAGGCGGAGGCCAACUGGCCGAGGGACAGGUCCGAGACGCCGUCCGGCGCGUCCGCGUCGAGGAAGAGGAAGGCGGCCUGCUAGGCGCGCAGGCAGGGGCCUCAAGGAAGAGAAGGAGCUGAUGGCCUCCUCGGCGCGGGGCGACGCCGAUGGCGUGGACUGGGUGGUGGUAUGCGUUCGGAGGGCGGCGGCCGGUGGCAGGAUCCUCGGGGGCACGGGGAAGAGAAGGACUGGAAAGAUUUGCGAUUGA